AUGAAUGGAAACAGGCGCGGUUUCUGCCAGACCCUGAUCACCACCCUGGAGGAGACCCCGGGCCUGCGCUACCUUUGGGGAGCACUACGCCCCCUGGUGCAGGGCAAGGUGCUGUACACCCCCGACACACCCGCCGCGCGCCUCCUCGUCACCCAGGCGAACGCUACAUUCAACGCCCUGGCCACGCUGAAGGAGCUGUCGGACUCCUGGGAGGAAGUGGGCCCUCGGAUAUGGACCUUCCUCAACAGCAGCGCCAUCGUCGAACGGCUCCGGGUGUCCCUGGAGAACCCGGUGUUCGCCGCCUUCCUGGACCAGCAGCUCAACGGCACCGGCCUGACCUCCGCGCUCAUCGCCGGCUUCCUGUACAACGGACCCCCGCAGGAGCGGCCGCCAGGGGGGCCGCAGUCCGACUGGCGCGACGUGUACCGAGCCGCGGGCCAGGCGGCGGCCAUGUUCUCCCAGCUGCUCGGGUGCCUGGACCUGAACAAGUUUGAGCCGGCCUCCACUGAGCAGCAGCUGGUGAGUCGAGCCCUGGAGCUGCUGGAGGAGGAGCACUUCUGGGCUGGGGUGGUGUUUGAAAACCUCCCCCCCAACACCACCCAGCUGCCCGCCUACGUCCAGUACACCAUCCGCAUGGAUAUCGACGAGGUGGAGCGCACAGACGUAGUCAAGCGGAGGUCGUGGUCGCCGGGGGCAAAGGACAACAUCUUCAACGACCUACGCUACAUCUGGGGCGGCUUCGCCUACCUGCAGGACAUGUUGGACUCGGGCGUUGCCCGCGCCCACGGCAGCACGCCGCUGGUCGGCGUGUACGCUCAGCAGAUGCCGUACCCCUGCUACGUCAACGACGGGUUCCUGCGCUCGCUGGCCAGCUCGCUGCCUCUGCUCAUGACUCUGGCCUGGAUCUUCUCGGUGGCCCUGAUCGUGAAGGGCAUCGUGCAGGAGAAGGAGGCGCGCCUCAAAGAGACCAUGCGCAUCAUGGGCCUUCGGACGUCCAUCCACUGGCUCACCUGGGCCUUCUCCAGCAUGCUGCCGCUAGCUGUUAGCGCCGCCUUGCUCGCCGUCCUCCUGAAGUACGGCAGCGUGCUGUACUACAGCGACCCGACGCUGGUGUUCGUGUUCCUGCUGGCGUUCUGCACGGCCACGGUCACGCAGUGCUUCCUGAUCAGCGUCUUCUUCUCCAAGGCCAACCUGGCGGCGGCGUGCGCCGGCCUCGUCUACUUUGUGCUCUACCUGCCCUACGUGCUGUGCUACGCGUGGAAGGACAGCAUGCGCUUCGGCGCCAAGGUGGCCGUGAGCCUGCUGUCGUGCGUGGCCUUCGGCUACGGCUGCGAGAACCUCUCCAAGUACGAGGAGCAGGGCCUGGGCAUCCAGUGGUCCAACAUAGCCCAGAGUCCGGAAGAGGGGACGCGCUACAGCUUCCUGGUCUCCAUCCUCAUGAUGCUGCUGGACGCGCUGCUGUACUGGACGCUCACCUGCUACAUCGAGAACGUCUUCCCAGGCCAGUACGGGAUCCCCAAGCCGUGGUACUUCCUGGUCACCAGGUCUUAUUGGUGCGGGACCACUGCCGCGGCGAGCACCGUCCACCCGGACACGCUCAAGAACCCGGGGGUCCAAAACGGUUACCUUGAGAAGCCACCGCCCGACAUGAAGGCGGGGGUCUCCAUUCAGAACCUUGUGAAGAUCUACAAGACGGGGAAGAAGCUGGCGGUGGACGGCCUCAGCGUGGACUUCUACGAGAACCACAUCACGUCGUUCCUGGGUCACAACGGAGCGGGGAAGACCACCACCAUGUCCAUCCUGACCGGGCUGUUCCCGCCCACCUCAGGCACCGCCCUCAUCCACGGGCUGGACAUCCACACAGACAUGGACGCCAUCCGCAAGCACCUGGGCAUGUGCCCGCAACACAACGUCCUGUUCAACGACCUGACGGUGGAGGAGCAUGUCUACUUCUACGCCCGUCUGAAGGGACUGAGCCGGGCCGAGGUUGCCGCGGAGAUGGACCAGAUGAUCGCCGACGUGGGCCUUCCACACAAACGAAAGGACCUGUCCAAGAACCUGUCAGGAGGGAUGCAGAGGAAGCUGUCGGUGGCCAUCGCCUUCGUCGGGGGCUCCAAAAUAGUGAUCUUGGAUGAGCCGACAGCGGGGGUGGACCCCUACGCCCGACGGGGGAUCUGGGAGCUGCUGCUCAAGUACAAGCAAGGCCGUACCAUCAUCCUGUCCACUCACCACAUGGACGAGGCGGACAUCCUGGGCGACCGCAUCGCCAUCAUCUCCCACGGCAAGAUGCGCUGCUGCGGCUCCUCCAUGUUCCUGAAGAAGGUCUUCGGCCGCGGCUAUUACCUGACCCUGGUGCGCGGCGGGAACCAGCACGCCACCGCGCAGCGCGGACAGCAGCCGCACGCCGCCGAGGAGAAAGAGGCCCGAUCGGGGAGCAGCAGUUCAGAUGAAGGCAUCGGGAGCCAGACCUGGAUCAACUCCGAUCCAUCAGACGUGGCGGCGGUGGGCGUCCUUGUGCGCCGGCACGUCCCCGGCGCCGUCUACCUGGAGAGCAUCGGCCAGGAGGUGACCUUCAUCCUGCCCUACGCGGGCGCCAAGGACGGCUCCUUCGCCACGCUCUUCAAGGACCUGGACCUGGAGAUGGGCACGCUCGGCCUCACCAGCUACGGCAUCUCAGACACCACCCUGGAGGAGAUUUUCCUGAAAGUGGCCGAGGACACUGGAGUCGAUGUGGAAACACAAGAAAAAGAUGAACAGAACAAUUCAAACGGAAAUGGCGCCAUCCGAAGGGAUUCUGAAAAGGCCUCUGAUUUAAAGGGACACACCACUAAUAAAGUUGAAGAUCCAAAGAUGGCCGGCGUUCCGGACGGGAAGGGGUCGGCGGUGGUCAGGGGCUCGGAGCUCAUCCGGAGGCAGUUCCUGGCGCUGUUCGUCAAGCGCUUCCACCACGCGCGUCGCAGCCGCAAGGGACUCAUUGCGCAGGUGGUCAUGCCAGUGGUCUUUGUGUGCAUGUGCCUCAUUUUCUCCCUGAUCGCCCCCCCCUUCGCGGAGUACCCCAGGCUGGAGCUUCAGCCCUGGAUGUACGGACUUCAGACUACCUUCUUCAGUAACGACCAGCCGAAAAACUUGGCGGUCAAUCGGAUAGUGGAUUCACUUGUGAACAAUCCUGGUUUCGGGACUCGCUGCAUGCCUGGAAACCCAAUACCAAAUCUCCCGUGCGUCCCCCAGUCGUCCGAUUGGUUCACACCGCAAGUCGACCAAUCAGUGAUUGACAUCCUGGCCAACACCACCCUGGCUGACCCCUCCCCCUCGUGCCAGUGCAGCACCCCCCAGCGGACGGUCAUGCUGCCCGACUGUCCCCCCGGGGCUGGAGGAAUGCCCCCCCCACGGAGGGUUCAGGACACAACAGAUACCCUGCUGAAUCUAACGGGGCGGAACGUGACAGACUUCCUACUCAAGACCUAUGAGAACCAGGGCAAAACAAGAUACGGGGGGAUUUCAGUGGGAGAAUCCAACUCCCAGGCCAGUCUCACAGAGUCACAGAUUCAAACUGCUUUUGCAGAACUCCGGACAAUAUUGAAGACGUCCCAGGACAAUGUGACUCGUCAGAUCGUCCAGAACCUCGAGACUCUGCUGACGGAGCUUGGGAGAAAGGAGAACGUGAAGGUGUGGUUCUACAACCAGGGUUGGCACGGGGUGGUGUCCUUCCUGGGCGUGGCCGACAACGCCAUCCUAAGGGGCGGGCUGAACGACAGCCUGGACCGGCGGAGCUACGGCCUCUCUGUCUCCAGCCACCCACUCAACCUCACCAAGGAGCAGCUGUCCUACGUCUUCCUGGCGGCGACCUCCACCAACCUGGUGGUGUCCAUCUGCGUCAUCUUCGCCAUGUCCUUCAUCCCGGCCAGCUUCGUCCUCUUCCUCAUCCAGGAGAGGGUGAACAAGGCCAAGCACCUGCAGUUCGUCAGUGGCGUCAACCCCACCAUCUACUGGGUGGCCAACUUCGCCUGGGACAUGUGCAACUACGCAGUGCCGUGUGUCAUCGUGAUCCUCAUCUUCCUCUGCUUCCAACAAGAGGCCUACGUCUCGCCGCCCAACCUCCCCGCUCUGGUCCUUCUGCUCUUCAUGUACGGGUGGGCCAUCACCCCCAUGAUGUACCCCUUCACCUUCAUCUUCUCGGUGCCCAGCACGGCCUACGUGGUGCUGACCUGCAUCAACCUCUUCAUCGGCAUCAACGGCAGCGUGGCCACCUUCUUCAUGGAGCUCUUCGACGACGAGAGUGUGGCCCGCAUCAAUGACAUUGUGAAGCAAGUGCUAUUGAUCUUCCCCCAUUUCUGCCUGGGUCGUGGACUCAUCGACAUGGCCAAGAACGAGGCGAUGGCCAAUCUGUACAGCAGCUUUGGCGAAGACCGCUUUAAAGACCCCCUGGGCUGGGACAUGGUGGGGAGGAACCUGUGCGCCAUGGCCAUCCAGGGGGCUGUCAUGUUCAUCUUCACCCUGCUCAUCCAGUACAACUUCUUCUGCAAGCCCAGGGCGGCCGGGGGAAAGUCAUUAUCUCAGGAUCAGGAGGAGGACGAGGACGUGGCCCUGGAACGCCGGCGGGUCCUGCAGGGCCCGGCACAGCAGGAAGACCUGCUCCGGAUCAUAGAUCUCACCAAGGUGUACCCUGGGAAAAAGACCCCUGCUGUGGAUCGGGUCUGCGUGGGCAUACCUGCUGCAGAGGUGAGCACAGCGCUGCACACACACACACUGCUUCGCCUGCUGGGAAUCAACGGGGCGGGGAAGACCACCACCUUUAAGAUGCUGACGGGGGACAUCCCAGUCUCUGGGGGCGAGGCCUACCUAAACGGAUACAGGUGA